GCCUCUCUCGAGUUGCGGUAGCGUGAGUCUCUGUACCCCUGCCUCCUUUCCCCUCCCCCCCUUCCCGUUCAUUGCCGUACAGGGAGAGAGGCCGGGGACGCUGGCAAUGGAUGUUUUCCUGGAGAUUAGGAAACGGCUGCAGAACGCACUGCUGAUCAUCCGAGAGCCAAAACAAGGAAGUUUGCCCAUGAAUAUUUCUAUAACUCCAUCAGUACUGAAGAUGAAAACUCUCGAACAGUGCAGAGAAAUCAACUUUCCACCAGAGGUCAGGCUUGUCCCUUCUUCCCUUCGCGGGCUGCAGUAUGUGUCUGGAGAUGGGAUCCAUAUGAGACUUCUCGUUCAGGCUGAUUCAAACAAGAAACUGGUUUCCACUUUGAACCAAAGCCUACAAGCCCUGAAGUGCUACGUGUUUUAUUGCCAGUCCUGUGGUGAAGUCAUCAUCAAAGAAAGGAAGCUCCUCAGAGUUCUCCCUCUGCCAAGUGGAAACUGGAAUGCCUUAGUUGAAGAAUGGUGUUGCCACCCAGAUCCCUUUGCUAAUAAACCACUUAAUCCUGGAGAGAACGACUGUUUCAUCGGAGACACUCACUUGCUGGUGAAUUUAAGAAGUGACUCAUGUGUGCCAGGACCUGAAAUAGCCCAAGUGGAGACUCACCAGCCUUCAGAGAGCCAUUUGGAAUCGAAACCAAAGGCAAAUACCAAGAUAAUUUGCAAGCGUUGCAAAGCAAUGCUAGGAGAAACUGGAUCAUCAGGGACCACAAAGUUUUAUAUCACAGAGAUAAUUAUCCAGCCAUCUGGGAGAGAUUUUGACAUGAUACCAAGGUCUCAGUUUGUACAGAGCGUUGUUGCUCAGUGUCUGGUGGAACUGUCCUCUACUAGAAGCACGUUUAGAUUCACUAUUCAAGGACAUGAUGGAAAAACCUACAUCUUGGUGUGGCUUUUAAACUCAGACAGUUUACUGAUUGAAUCUCUGGGAAAUUCAGAGAGCUUCCAAGCAUUCUCAUUAUUCGGAGACAUGGAGAGGUUGGAUUCCAACUCUGUAGGCAUCUGGAAUGCUGUCAAGGUUCUUUACCAUCCGUGUGUCAAAAAUAGAAACAAUGAGCUGGCCAGUUCAUGGGAAAAUGAUAUUGGAGUCCAUUCCCUUGUCCUGCCUUCCCAAACCUGCUUGGAGCUACUGUUGAUAUUAUCAAGGAGUAAUGAUUCUUUGCCACCUUCUCUUCAAUAUAUGAACUCCUUUCAGGUGGCCUUUUUGAAGAUGUGAUUGUUGGAGGCCGGGCAUUCCCCUCUCUGCAAAACAACUUUCCAACAUAAUGCAUUUCAAAGGGGCCAGGUGUCUCUGUGGCAGGCAGCUAUUUUGAAGAAAGGGGUUAAGUUAUAAAAGGAGAGAGUCUCGUCUAAUUCUUCCUGUGUAUUUGUUUGCAUUUGGCAAUAUGCCCCCCGUGGGAAUAGUUCUCAUUUGGGCCCUUUGAAAAGCGAGGCUCUGAAGAAACCCAUAGUUGUGGGUUGUCAGAAGUUGGAGAUGGAUACAGAAGUGACCUCCCUAACCCCUGCAGAGAAGGACGUUCGGCUCUGUGCUGCGUCAGCACCACCUGGAAGGAACAGGGCUGGUUGCUGGGAUAUUAGCUAAUGGGGACCCAUCUGUCCUGUGUGGAAGCUUAAGAGACAGCCAGUGAGGACAUCAAUCAGGGGUUGCUGAGUGUUGAGUGCCACAAAUUCUGAGAAGCAUCAUAGAUGUAGUUUUGUUUUGAAAGGAGAAAAGAAAAUAGGUUAUUUCUAGCUAUUGCCAUCAGAUUAAAAAGUAAAUCGAAUAUAUUAUUAAACCAUUUUUCAUGAUGCCUAAUCUGUUUGUUUCCUUCCUGUAUUACUUUUUUUUUUUUGGUACUAUCGCAGUAACUUUUUUAUAACAUUGCCCCUACUCUCAUAGUUUUAAAAUAUAUUGUUUUAAAAAUUAUGAUCAUAAACAUUUUGAUAUGCG